AUGUUAGAAAAUGAUUAAUAAAAUUUAGAAGACCCUAAAACUAAUUUACUUAAUCUUGAUUCAGCUAUAGAAUUUAUAAAGCCAAUUAAACAUAGAUCUUCUUAUUACGAAAAGGAUUUUUUUGUUGAACCUUGGGAUGAAAAUCAAGAUAAUUUUCUUCAAUUAUCCCCAAAAAUAAAAGAAGUUUAAUAAUAAGAAAGAAAAACUAAAUCAAUUAAAAUUAAACUUCCUUAAUCUCGAACUUAAAGUAGACAACGUUCAAAUGAAACUUAAUAAACAGUUCAAAUUGCACUUCCAUUUCAUGAUAGAGCUGGAAGUUGUCAUACAUAAUUUCAAGAUUUAGGAUUUACUAAUCAAACAGCAGCUUAUAAAAAUAUUAUGGAUAAGAUGAAGAGUAUAUAAAUAAACAAAAAUCAAACAAUUUAGAAUAAUAAUAAUUAUUAUAAACAAAUUACUUUAAAAGUAUAAACAAACAAAAACAAAAUCAAAUAGAUUGUUUAAAUUAAGUAAAAAGAGCCAUUCUCAUGGUCAGAUUACUAUAAAUUCAUCUAAAAAAACCAUAAUCAAUUAAACACUAAUAAACACUUUAAUCCAUAAAUUAAUGGUUGUAAUAUUCAGACCAAUAAAUCUCUAUAAUAAAAAAUAGAUAAAGAAUUAAUUUAAAGAAACUUUCGUCUGAAAUCAACCUACACUAAGACUAUUGCAUGA